AUGGUCGUUGUUGUGAGUGAGUUAGUGUGCGUUAGUGUGUGUGUUUCAGUUCAGUGUUCAGUGGUGGGGCGGUCAGUGUCGAGGCAGAGCUGUGAGGGCGUAGGUACCGUUUAGAAAACCCCCUCGAGUGACCAUGUGAGCGCCCCAGGAGGUGAAUCAUGCAGAGUGUACUAGUAUAUGGAAGGCUGUUCUCAAGAGCUGUCGCCAACGGUAUAUACAGCACCGUGAACACAGGGGCAGGUGCCGACCCAAGGACCUAGUGCAGAAGGCGAGGCCGUGAACGCCAGUGGUAGGAAGAAAUUGAGGUUUUUGACGGCCGUCAGUGGGUUCCCCAAGAACCUCAGAACCUUAGAGACUGUCAAGCCUGGCAAGUUUGGGGACGACGCCUAUUUCGUGGUCAAGCAUGCCAAAGGAGAUGUUAUAGGUACGUAUGAAAGAAGAAAGGUACAAAGGAUGAGAAGGAAAAGGCAUACAGACGGUAAGAACAAUCACAGUAAAAGAUAAUGUGGAUAAAU